UUUGUGUAUACUUGAUAAUCUUACUAUUUCUUUAGGUGUUUGCACUACGUGUAUUUGCGAACGGUAUCAAGCCUUUCGUUUGAUUUUCACGCAUGGUUGUUUCCAUGUUUCUCGGUUUAAUUGUUUCACCCUUUAAACUGGUAUUAAACAUAGAGAACUUGUCAUUUCUCUAGUAGUGGUUUGAAAACAUUCUAUGGUCACUUUGAUUAUGUUUCAUUAUUGUAACUAUUAGGUAACCUGAUUCGAAGUAUGUGUACUAUGACUAUCAAAUAAAUUUAAUAGAUAUUAAGUCUCUAUGGUAACUGAAUAUUGAACCAUCAAAAAUAUCGAGUUCAAAGCGUUGAACUUCACGGAUUUUCAAGGACAAUGAUACUAAGAAUUAAUCAUUUGGUUAGAUCUGUUGAUAACAAUUACAAUACUCUACAAUCUUUUAAAUUCAACUAUUUUGAUGUAUACAGGAUUUAUCAGAGAUAUGGUAAAACCGUUGUUCAUUGCUUGGCAUGAAUUUUGUCAGACUGGUCUGACAUUGAAAGUUUUACAAUACUUAGAGAACAAUUUAAAAAUUUGGCUUAGUCAAAUGUCAGAUCUGGAAGUGAAAUAUCCACCUGCAUUCUAUCGUCUUGGUUCACUAGAUAGUCAGUCAUCAGAUAGUUUAACGCGUCAACAAACAGUUUCAUCUUCCUUUGUUCAUGCGGAUCGUAGUGAUGGACGGGAAGAAAACGAAUUGGAGGUGAGUUCUGGUGCCUGA